AUGGCUUCUGCAGCUGUUUCUCCCCCCCACCACACGCUCAAAGAGUCUCCAAAUUCGCGCACCAUCGAGAUCGGUGAAUGGAUCAUUACGGCACAAACCAAUCCCAUCUCGAAUGCCGGCGAACUAGACGCGCUUCAGGCUAAGAUGGGUGGGAUACCUCUGCCGGAGAUGACUUUUGGAAAUAAUUCAUUGGAGUUGGAACAUAAGUCUACCGGAUGGAAGUAUGCCUUUACGACAGAGCAGGCUCUAAAGGCGGUGAAGAAUGGCGACCUGGAAGAUGGCGAUGGAGGAGUCAAGGUUGGGUAUGCAGAGGCAUGGUUGAAAAGCCGAACAGGGCCCUCGGCUGAGCUGCCAAUGCCAAAGACUGUUCCUACAAAACCAUAUGAUUGGACGUACACAACUAUGUACUCGGGACAUAAUUUUCCGUCAUCUCCGAACUCGCUUUCAUGGCGUGUUGCCGACUCUGAUAAUCCCGUUCAUACAAUCCCACUGGCCGAGCUGACUCGCCAAGAUCCUAUAUUAUUUUAUGCAGAAAUCCCUCUUUACGAAGAUGAGCUGCACGACAAUGGAUCUUCUAAUCUUUUGGUUAGAAUUCGCGUCAUGCCUACCUGUUUGUUCAUUCUGUCUCGAUUCGUUCUCCGGGUGGACCAUGUCCUCUUUCGCGCGUAUGACACGAGGAUAUACCAUUCCUUUGCAUCAUCACCUCCUCUUGUUGUGCGUGAGACAAGCGGGUGGGAGGCGCCGUAUGAAUGGGUCAGGCGGAGAGUCCCUAAAAGAGAUGAUCUGACUCCGUUGACGGAUGUGACUUGGAUCACGAAGAUUCUAACUGAGAUGCCCGCUGAGGUGUCUCAGAAAACGGGAGCUGGCACUAAAUGGAGAGGUUUGGGCACGAGAGUGGAAAUUUCCGUCUUAAAAAUUCCGUCCUCCUGA